CCUAUUUUUGAAGUUCAGGUAUAUACCUGGAGGACGAGUUCAAGCAUUUUUUCUUCUCAAUGAAUUGUUUAGGAUUUCUGGCCACAAAGCACGAUGUACUCACCACGAAGCCAAGGAGGCGAGUAUGGUACCGACGCAAGGAAGUAUGACCCUAAUACAGCGCAGUGGAUGCGUGAGGUGAGGAGUUUUCAGUGCUUGCUGUUGAGAAGUGGUUCCUGAAUGUAGAUCGAUGGGUCAGGCAAUGGAAAGUCGAGUUACCAUUGAAGAACUGAAAGCCCAGAACGAUAAGCUUCAACGCGAGAUUUAUGGACUGAACUCCAAGCUGAACUUGAUGUACGAGUGUUGUGCCGACCUGGGCAUCGUGGACCGCCUUGGAGACAUGAUGCAGCGCAAAUUACACGAGUUUCAAGCGGCUCAAAUGGCACGCAACGAGCCGCCCGCCACCAAAGCAUCCGCUGCGCAGGUCCAUCCCAUUGCCAGUCCUCUUCGUGCUGCGAAGAAAAGUGACUUGGGCAAAAGCGACGAAGGGUUUAUUUGCGGCUCGAGUACUUUUCAGGACGUUGCUGCUUACUCUAGUAGCUAUAAAGGACAAAUAUCUCGAGGCAACUUUCACCGCGUCCGGGUGAUUGAAGCCGAGGAAGCCAAGCUGCGUGAUCAGUUCGACAUCUUCGGCGUUCCAAAGCUGCCGCAACAGAAAGCUGAUAGAUGCUCAUCGACAGAAAGCGACAACAAAACCGGCGGAGAUACAAUUGAUAAGCUGCUGAUAUCGGAGGCAACCAACUCGCCCAGAAGAAGUGCGAGACAAGAACCUCAAUACUUGUACGAGCCAGCGAUUCCCGUGCCUAGCAGAGCUCAAGGAAAGCUGUAGUCAUUCUACAGAUUGUUUGUGCACACUAUUCCAACAGCAGUGAAUUACUUCAACCACUUCAACAUGAACAUUUCAACAGUCGA